AUGACAAAGAUCCCUUCCGAAUACGUAUGCCCUCUCACCAAGAAGAUGAUGAACGAUCCUGUCGUUACUCGAUAUGGGACUCAUUACGAACGUUCUGCCAUUAUGGAUUGGUUGAACGAUGGCAAUAAAAUGGAUCCUGUCACCGGAAACCCUCUUCGCGUCAGCAAUAUCAUUAGCGAUAAGGCACUCAAGUUCAAGAUUGACUAUUGGGCAAAGAAGAAUGGAAUUGCAGUCGUGGAGUUGGACGAGGAUCAUGCGGUAGCGGUAUUGUCAUCGUCCGUGACAGCCGCAAUUCCGGAGAAGAAAUUCCUCUGUCCACUAACCAGGGAAAUAAUGGAGGAUCCAGUCAUGACCAAGACAGGGCACAACUUUGAAAGAGCUGCUCUUAGCAAAUGGUUGGACGAGAAUGGCGAUAUUUGUCCCAUGACCAAGAAGCCAUUGUCAUGUUCCGACAUGGUAUCGAAUGCUAAUCUCAAAUGGGAGAUCAGCCAAUGGCAACUCUACUAUGGUGAUAUGACUACGGAAAUGAGCAAGCUAGAAUUGGAUUUGAAGUUGACAAAGGCGCAAAUGAUUUCGAAGGAAUACCAUGUCAGUGAUAUCCUUCAUGCGCUUACUGGAGAUCUCAAUGCCGCUGAAGAACAAGACAACAGUAAAGCCAAGCAGAUUACGGAAGCUUGGGCAGAGCAAGGGGCUCCAGAUGUUUUGGACUUGUUGGAUGAUGUCUUGGACACUGUAGAGGCAGUGGACGCAUAG